AUGCUGAUGCUGUUUCUGUUGUUCAGUGCUUGUUGUGAAUCGGGUCAAUGUCAAGACUGCGAUCGUCGGAAAAGUUAUCAGACCGAGGAGGAGAGGGAGGAGACGGAGGAGGAGACGGAUCAGAGGAAGGAGAGGGAGCAGGCCGAGGAGGAGAGGAAGGAGAGGGAGGAGAGAGAGCAGAGGCAGGAGAGGGAGCAGGCCGAGGAGGAGAGGAAGGAGAGGGAGGAGAGAGAGCAGAGGCAGGAGAGGGAGCAGACCGAGGAGGAGAGGAAGGAGUUGGAGAAGACUGAGGAGGAAAGGAAGGAGAGGGAGAAGACUGAGGAGGAAAGGAAGGAGUUGGAGAAGACUGAGGAGGAGAGGAAGGAGUUGGAGAAGACUGAGGAGGAGAGGAAGGAGUUGGAGAAGACUGAGGAGGAGAGGAAGGAGUUGGAGAAGACUGAGGAGGAAAGGAAGGAGAGGGAGAAGACUGAGGAGGAAAGGAAGGAGUUGGAGAAGACUGAGGAGGAGAGGAAGGAGUUGGAGAAGACUGAGGAGGAGAGGAAGGAGUUGGAGAAGACUGAGGAGGAGAGGAAGGAGUUGGAGCAGACUGAGGAGGAGAGGAAGGAGUUGGAGAAGACUGAGGAGGAGAGGAAGGAGUUGGAGCAGACCGAGGAGGAAAGGAAGGAGAGGGAGCAGACCGAGGAGGAAAGGAAGGAGAGGGAGCAGACCGAGGUGGAGAGGAAGGAGAGGGAGCAGACCGAGGUGGAGAGGGAGCAGACUGAGGAGGAGUGGGGUGUGAAGGGCCACCAGCUGCGCACCACACUGUCUUUACAAUAA